AUGUUGGGGCUUUGUUUCUCAUGCCUCCUCGUGUCGCUGGAUAAUACAAUUUUGGCUGCAGCCAUCCCAAGGAUUACAGACCAGUUCAAGUCCCUGGAUGAUGUUGGAUGGUACGGUAGCGCCUUUCUACUCACAACCUGCAGUGUCAGCCUGCUCUAUGGGAAGCUGUACACCUUCUUCGCAAUAAAGUGGGUAUACCUGGCUGCCCUUGCAGUCUUUGAAGUCGGAUCUCUUAUUUGCGCGGCAACGCCGAACUCUCUGGGGCUGAUAAUUGGUCGCGCUGUCGCCGGGAUUGGUGCAGGGGGCCUCUACUCAGGGGCCCUGGUCAUUAUCACGCAGUCGGCGCCUAUCCACCACAGACCAAUUUGCAACGGUAUUGUUGUAGCUACAUUCUCGUUCGGCAGUGUAGCUGGACCAUUAAUUGGUGGUGUCCUUACAGACCACGCAAGCUGGAGGUGGUGCUUCUAUAUUAAUUUACCUCUUGGAGGAUUUACCUGUCUAUGUAUCCUGGUUCUCCUCGACGUGCAAAAGCCACUUAAACGAACGCCUGGGAUCUGGGAUAAGUUAACUCAACUUGACCCUAUUGGCAUGUUCUUCUUCUUCCCUGGUGUCAUCAGCCUGUUGCUGGUGCUUGAAUGGGGUGGUGGCAAGUACGCGUGGACGGAUACACGAGUUAUUGCUUUAUUUGUUCUCUUCGGUGUCUUGCUCACCAUAUUCAUUGGAGUGCAGCUUUGGGGUCAAGAUCAAGCAACAAUCCCGCCUCGUCUUAUAAAAAACCGGAAUAUCUGGGGCGCUGCUCUUUACGUCUUUUGUCUUAAUUCUGCUUUCAUGGUGUUUAUCUACUAUCUGCCUAUCUGGUUUCAGAGCAUUAAAGGUGCUUCUGCAACAAUGUCAGGUGUUAUGAACCUCCCAAUGCUCAUCGGACUGGGGUUAACCACAAUUCUCGCGGGGGGAGUCGUCAGUACAACCGGACAAUACAUGCCCCUUAUGUUCUUCGGCGCGAUUGCCGCCACAAUUGGGUCUGGUCUGAUCUCUACUUUGAAGCCUGAUUCGGGCCAUCCACAGUGGAUAGGAUAUCAAGCUCUCUAUGGAAUUGGAGCUGGUGCUGGCUUAACCCAGCCGAUGAUAGCUGUCCAGGCUGCUGUCACCCCCACCGAUGCACCGAGCGUAACAGUGAUUGUCGUAUUCAUGCAAACCUUAGGCGGUGCCAUAUUCGUCUCGGUUGCACAAAAUAUGUUCCACAAUAAGCUAUUAAGCCUGUUGGAGAGCCUCGGGGAGGAGGAUGGUAUUCAGAUUGAUGUCAGCAAAGUGAUGGCAGCGGGGGCCACCACGCUACGAAGUAUUGUAUCGGACGAUGUGCUGCCGAAGGUACUAAGGGCUUAUAGCGAUGCUAUCACAUAUUCCUUCUACAUCGCCGUUGCACUGUCCGCAGUGGCCAUUCUCGGAGCCCUUCCCAUGCAGUGGCUUUCUUUAAAAAAGAAGGCCUGA